AUGAUUCGGAGUAAACUUCUAAAUGAUGUUCUCCUUCAGCUUGAAAUGUUGAAAGGUACUGAUAAGGCUUGGACAAUUAUCAAUUUGCGUGAUCUGUUGCGACAGUACCUAGUGUCAAGAGAGAAAUCUGAAAAGAAUAAAGUGAUUAACCCAUCUGGAAGUGGGGACGCAUAUAGAUUCCAAGUUCAAAGAACACGAAACAACGUCAAUAGUUACAAAGGUACUGCAGCAUCAAAUCAAACCACUGGAGCUUUGAUAACAAGUGAAAUAAAAGGAGCAAACUCACAAAAUAGUAAAAAGUGUAGAUUUUGUGAAAGAGAUCAUUGGACUGAAGAAUGUCGAAGAUAUAUAACCAUGAAUGAAAGAAUUGGCAGACUUAAAGGAAGUUGCUUUAAAUGCUUAAAAGAAGGACAUUAUUCCAAUGAUUGUAAAAGUAGAAGGACUUGUGUUUAUUGCAAACAAGUUAAUGUCCUCCAUAGAAGUUUGUGCCCGAAAAAGUUCCAAAAGUCGGCAAUCAAUGAAAGCGUAAAUGUGUCUGAAGAACACAAGAAACCUCUCACCUGUCUCCGCAUCAGACGAAAAUGCUGUUCUAUCAUCAAAUGA